AUGCUUUCGGGAGUUGUACUCAUCACAGAAGCCGGAUCUGGCUUCGGUCAGAGCGCCGCAUACGCGCUGGCACGCCAUGGUGUUAAACAUUUUGCCCUUGUCGACACCAACGAGGCCGGGCUGAAAGAGACAACGCAGACGCUAGCAUCGCAGCACCAGGUAACAGACGUGCUGAGUGUCUCCACUGAAUGCAGUACCGAGGAGGCCGUCGAGGCUGUCGUUCAACAAGCCGCGUCACGCUUCGCUCGUCUCGAUUUCGUCGUUUUGAAUGCCGGCUUCGGUGGGCCCAUGGGCGGCAGUCCCGACACGGCACCCGCCGCUUUCGAUACCCACCUCAAGGAACACGUGACAGGCGUCUGGCUCUGGCAUCGGGCUGGCAUACGGCAAAUGCUGCGGCAGGAGCCGCGCGACGCGCGAUAUGGCCGUGGCAGUAUCGUACAUGUCUGCUCAGUACAUGCCUUUGCCGCUUCACCACCUCAGGUCGCUGCUGGUGCGUAUGUAGCGGGUCGGCACGCCAUCCUCGGUUUGACACGGUCUGAGGGCGUGCUGUAUGCACCUCAGCAGAUUCGCAUCAACGCGCUCUGCCCUGGAUACAUCAUGUCGCCGCUCAUCGCGUCCUCGGAACAGACCAAGGCUUUCAUCGAUAACCUUGUGCGUGAGCGUGUGCCUGCAGGCCGACUGGGAGAUGCUGAAGAGGUUGCUGAUGCAGUUGUGUUCUUGGCUGGACCUAUGAGCAGCUACAUGUUUGGUCAGUCAUUGGUACUGGAUGGGGGCUACCUGGCUCAAUGA